AUGGAAAGAAAAAAGAAAUAUGAGCUGCAUGCAACAAAGCAGAUUGCUUCCUCGUUCCUCAAGGACUCGAAAAAAGAACUACGUAAAAUGAACUCGACAAUUUCAAGCAGUUUAUUACGAGUCGCACAUAACGCAGCAACGGUAGGCAGACGGAGCUCGGUUGUCCCUCGUCGCACAUUCACAACACCGUCCAAAUCCACUUCCGAACUGAAGGGCUGGCGCCGUUAUAAGGAAGCUUUCAAAGAUAAACCGGCAUCGUACACCACAACAUUUCUUGUCCUGCAUGAAUUGACAGCCAUUGUACCAUUUCCGAUCAUUUACUAUGGCAUCAAAGCAUCAGGGUAUACGAUUCCUGUUCCCCAAGAUGUCGUGGCUGAAGGCAAUCGGUUUAUCAACAAGGUACGCGUGCGUUACGGUUAUGAUCCGCUCGACCUGAACAAUCCUACCAUGGUCAAUCUCACAGCAACCUAUGCUAUUGUCAAGCUACUGAUGCCAGCGCGUAUUGCCGCUUCGGCUUUCCUCACACCGACGGUGGUCGAACGGCUCGUUGCACCUAUCGUGCGGACCAUGACCACCGCUGUCAAGGCAUUUCGAAAAAAGCCUGUCCCAUAA